CGAAAACUGCACGUGUGUGAAAAGAUGGCGGUACUUUGAAAACAUUGCGGUUUAGUUAUGGUUGAUCAUCAAUUAUUCUGAUCAUAUUUAUUGUACAGGAUUUGCAUUUAUUGAAGAACUCCAAUGCUUUCAGGGUGCAGCCCUUGAUCAACUGACAUGAGAAAUCUGCUGACUCCUAGCAAUGUCUCCGCACUGCAGCCAUUCCAACCAGGAACUCAAAAUGCUUUAGAGAAAGUGGAAAUUGCCGGCAUCCAUGCCGGUACAAGCAAAAAUGGAAAAGCAACAUGGAUGUACCAUGGACCAUCCCUUGAAGUAAUUUCAACCAACACUCGAGACAGACUGGCUUCCUGGCAGUUUGGGGCUGUGUUGAAAGAUGUGGGUACGUUCAUUACGAGUGUGAAGGAGCUCAGCCAUGAAGGGAGGCUCAAGCUGGUGGUGGGCCUGCACACGUUCUCAGGACAGGGGAUGGUGUGUUUGCUGGACGUUGCUACAUCACAAGUGGUCAAGGCUGUGGAACUGCCAUACAAGGUGACGAGUGUUGAGACUGUGCUGUCCUGUGGCGGAGACAGAGUCCCGGACUGGGCCAUCAAUGAGCAGAUGAGAUGCUUCCACGGCAUUGUGGCGGCUGGGACACACGGGGGAUAUGUCUACCUGAUAGAUAUGAACCUUGAUGACGAGGAGGAGACCUCAGACGAGGUCAGUCCAAGCAGCCUCUACUUCAUCACGCCUCGCUGUCGGAACGUGAAGGACACACGCAAGGAGGCUUUGUCCAGAUCCCAGCAUCUGUGUUUGGUGCUUGAUGAAAACUCACAUUCCAAGGGAGAAUUCUGUUUCCGGCGACCUGAUGACUCCAUUGUGAAAGAAUUCAAAACAGACUCUAUCAGCAUCACCUGCCUGAAGUACAUCCCCCAAGACGGCAACCUGGCUGUCGGGUUCAGCUUCGGGGGUUUCCAGCUGUGGAAGCUGUAUGCGCCGGUCAUGGAGUACUCAAGUCGUCUUGAAGCAGAACCAUCAGCUGUGUCUCACAUUCUGUACCAGGAGCCCGAGAACGACCCCAAGAACUUCUGUUACAUCUGGGUGGCCAGAGACAGCUCUGUUGUCAAUGUUGGACAAGAGGGCAUCAGCACAAUCAGCCUGUAUCAGCUGAGUUACGGCAAGAAGACGUGGUACGCCAACUACGGGGUGUUCUUUGAGGAGCUGCACUCUGUGUGUCUGCGCAUCGAGCACAACCUCGCCGCCGACCCGUACAGCAGCGCCACCAAGUCCACCUGGCUGAGUCAGAUCGUGUCCUGCUACACCCUCACCAACCCACUCUACACUCCUCCACCACUCCUGCACGACGAGUCCUACGAAGAAAGCAGCCACGGCCCAGACCUGAGCCUGUGUGUGUUUGUGUGGGAGGUGCAGGACAAUAGCCCCGGGGACAAGUCCCUCUACUACCUGGGGAUGUUCGACAUGAACCGAUGGUACCAUGCCCAGAUGCCCACAUCCAUCAGAACGCGAGAGUCGACGAUGGAUCUGUGCUCCUUCUUCGCUGUGUACCAGCUGGGUGAACUGUGUGACCUUGCAAACCCUGACGCCUUGCUUCACCUGGAGGUGAAGCCCAACUCACUCAAGAGGUACAUCAACAACUCCCCCCUCACUCCGGAACAACACUUCUACCCCACGGCCCUGGCGUUCGAUGCUGUGUGUAUAUUUGAAAGUGGGACGAUAUCUGCCCAAUUCCACGGACGACAGAGACAGGUGCUGUAUGACAUGGAAGCCAAAGGCCCCACUUGUCUCCUGCAGCCUCAGGAUGUCUACAACAUCUGUCUGUGUACCGGUCUCCUGCCUCGCGACCUCACAGCACACACCACACCCGCGGCACAGCAGCGUCAGGCAUUACUCAACAUGGCUCUGGACCACUCCAUGAUCAAGUUCAUCAACUGCUGCAUCACAGCGUGGGCUGCCGGAGAGUUUGUGCAGCAAGGCUGUACUCUGAAGUUCCUGCUGGACUGGGCCUGGGAAAAAGUCGCUGCCACCAAACACAACAUUGACACUGUGUGUGCCCCUCUGUACGACUGGUCAGGGAACCACGCCGACCACCGACUACUGCAGGUACUCAACAGGUCAAAGGUCACAUUGCAUCACCUGCGGACCAUCAUGCUGACUCUACUGACGCAGUCGGCUCCGACAACGGAGCAGGGUGUGGUGGAGCUGGAGACAAGGCUGAAUGUGAUCCAGUUCCUCUCUCAGCAUCUCCAGAUAGUUCUGUGGUUCAUCGAUGCCGGACUGCUGCCGGAGUGUGACGAAAUUGGUGAUGAUGUUGAGGGUCUGUACCGCUUCCCUGCUGGAAACCUGACACAGGCCUUCAGUUCACGCCGGGCCGAGUUGCAGAAGCUGCACAGUGAGAUCAACCCGACCGAACUUCUACUGAUUGAUGGCUUGGUGGAUUGCUGUGGAGAUGCCAUCCCCGCCCUGUGGGAGCGGGAGGGAGGGAGUGGCCUCUACCCACCCCCCAGUCUGCAUGCGCUGCUGAACGUCUACCUGGUGGAGGAAGUGAGUAUUGGAGUGAAGCAUUCCAUCGUGCUGUACCUGCUGCUAGACCUGGCCUCUCUUGUGGAGGAGCAUCGACAUGAACAGUUUGCGGACAAGAUCGCCAAAUUUGCCAAGUCCUUCUCCCUCCCCUUGUCUGUGGUGAAGCAGAUCCAGGCCUUCUGGUUGUUGGACCACAAGGACUUCGAGGAAGCGUUCCUGCACCUGCUGCACCCAAUGGCCAAUCUGCAGUUGGGCCAGUGGCAGCAGGGCAGAGUCAUCAAGUCUCUGCUGUUUCAAGGGGAGAGUAAGCUGGCCCUGCGUUACAUCAGUCUGCGCAGCGUCGCAGUCAUGUCGCAGGAGGAGGUGAAGCUGAAACUGACGGUGCUGCUGGCUAAUGGGUUGAUAACAGAAGCAUUUGAAUACCAGCGGGCAUGCAGGGAUAAAAGCAACAUGGCGGAUCUGCUGAAUCAUCUGUUUCUGGGCUGCCAUCAAACGCACACGAUAGACCAGCUGCUGCAGCUGCCCCUGAGUGAUGUAGAGGAGCGCCACCUACAGACCUACCUGUUGGAGAGCUCAGAGCCACACUCCGCAGAGCUCCUUGUGAUGCACUACCUGCAGCGGGCGCGGUACAUCGAGGCCAUCCGGCUCAACGAGAAGAUCAAACACCGGGUGAUGACGGAGACCAGUGCUCGGGCCAGGGAGAGGGCUGCGGCAAGGAACUCGAUCGUGGAUGGAUUUUUCCGCGCAUUGCCUGCACCACAGAAGAAGCUAGUCGGCGAUCAUCCAAGCAUUCCCAGAAAGACUGUCGGGAAGAGGAUCGAUGUGAGACGACCAAAGCCCCUCUCUACCGUUGUGACGCAGUCAGAGAGGUCAAAGGUUGUUUCCCACUCCAGCCUCAUUCUGGCAAUGAUGGAGAAAGUAGAGGAAGUGAAGCAUCACCAGGAGUCCCCGAGAAGGGAGGAGGAGAAGCAGAGUGACCUCGGACCCUUUUUGUGUACACCAAUCACUCCACGGAAAAAACUGAGAUUAAGUGAGGUCCAGGAUGUGGUGUACCCGACCCGAGUGUGCAACUCUGCCUCGGACAGACACAGCUUGUCAGCGUACCAAGUCACCCGGGACCCCGCGGUGCUCAACUCUCCCCUGUCAGUCAACAAAUCUCUGCAGGAGACACUCCGCAGUAGGAAGAAGUCCCGGUAUUCUACUGCAGGAACGAUGUCGCUCCUCCAGACACCGAAGGUCCGCAGGAAGUCCCCGUCUCGUGUUUCCAUGCCCUCUUCACUGCGCACGCCACAGUCUAUACUCAAAGUGCGACGUCUCAUUACAAAGUCACCCAGUCCAGCUUCCAGUACCCUCGAUCUUUCUGACAAGACUCCCACCGGGGCACAUCGCCCUAAGAGGCUUGGGUUUGCAGAGAAGCUGUCUAUGGCAGGUGUUGCCGCCAAACUAAAACAGCCAGCUUCCGUACCCUCCACACCAAAACAGUUGUCCUUUGCUGAUGUACCCAGCACGUCUGGACGGCGCUCAACAUCAGGGUCGGUGCCAUCAACACCCAAACAUCUCCGCUUUGUGGAGCCGACAAUGAUUGAAGAUAAUCGGACGCCGGUCAAGAAGAAGCCUGCAUCCCCCACAUCACCGCCCAGCCCUCGGUCCGUCAAGAAUAGGAGUCCCACGCCAGAAAGCCUGUCUCCCAAGAUGGCUGAACGCAUGGACAGUUUGAUACGCCCCCCCAUUCGAACUGACCGACAGCGUGGAGCAGAUGACAUUGCUGACCCUGCAGAUCAAGAUGUCGAUGAUGACAUCACGUUCAACUUUAACCCAGCUGAUUCAGAUGAGAUGGAGAUCGAUGAUGACGCCCCCACUCCUCCCGACUUGUCGCCAUUUCUUCCCAAGUCUGCCAAUGACUUCCAAGGAACUGAACCCAAUGUCCAGGCUUGGCCAGGUUUGGUCAGAAAAGCGGAGGUGGUGCAGGAGGAGCAUGAAGAGGAACCUGCUGAUGAAGAGGAUGUUGUGGACCUUACAAUUGAUGACAUGGAGGCUGUGCCUCAGGUUGUCAUGGAAACAAGGACUGUUGUAGCCGAGCCAUUUGUUGUGCGGGAGACCCGGGCGGACAGUACUGAGGAUGUGGGUGUGGUGGAGGACGAGCGGGAUCAUGUGGAGGGGGAGAUGGAGGAGGAGGAGCAGGAUGGGGAGACCAAUGUCACUUCCACUCAAGCUGAUGAUGGGGAGGACUUUUCCCCAGACACAUCAGGGGAGGUAGAAAUUAGGGCCUCCCCUGCACGGUCCACUCGGUCUUCCCCGGCCAGGUCAUUGAGGGAAUCCCCGGCCAGGUCAUUGAGGGAAUCCCCGGCCAGGUCAUUGAGGGAAUCCCCGGCCAGGUCAUCGAGGGAAUCCCCAGCCAGGUCAUUGAGGGAAUCCCCAGCCAGGUCAUUGAGGGAAUCCCCUGCUAGAUCAACGAGAUCUUCACCCACUAGAUCAUUAAGGGCAUCUCCUGCAAGGUCUUUGAGAGAGUCCCCUGCAAGAUCUUUAAGGGAAUCUCCAGCAAGAUCCUUAAGGGAAUCCCCAGAAAGAACCCGAGAGUCCGCAGCUAGGGCAUCAACAUCUCGAGCCUCAAGAGAGUCUCCAGAACCUUCCUCACCAGGAGUACCAUCGGAGCAAACAGAGGAAGCGAGAUCUAGAUCUCCCAGAAAGGAUUCUCCAAGGAGACGGGAGCAGUCUUGGCUGAAGAUGGAGUCUCCCGUCAAAGUGUUUGAUGAGUUGUUUGCAGAAUCCCCUGGCAAGUCAACACGGAGUGCAACUAAGAAGAUAGUGGAUGGAGUGAGUGAGGUUUCCACCUCCUCAAGCAGGAGAACCUCGAGAGAUACGGCUCAGCUCUCGCCAACGAGGCGAUCAAAGAAAGCAGAGACUGCACUUGAGAGUUCUCCAGAGAGGCCCAAGUCUGCCUCACCGAGUCGUCAGACAUCUCGACAAAAAGCCAAACCAUCCCCCUCUGCCAGGAAGUCAAGGAAAGAGGAUGAGGCUUCUCCAGAAAGGUCCAGGGUAGAUGAUGAUGUUGCUGAUGCUAGAGCUGUUUCAGCUUCUCCCAGUAGGAGGGCCUCCAAGGCUGCUGCAAGGGCUUCCCCUGGAAGAAGAAAAUCUAAGAAAGAGGACCUCCAAGCUGUUUCUCCAGAAAGAGCAAGUUCCACUUCUCCUGCAAGACGAACCUCGAUUCGAGCCUCUCCGUCAAGAAGAAAGUCUGUGAAAGAGAAGGUGGAGGCCUCAUCUCCACCGAGGGAAGGAUCGGCAUCUCCGAGUCGCAGAUCACCGAGAUCAGGAGCUCAGAGGUCCCCAGCCAGAGGAAGGAGAGGAGUACAGGCAGAGGAAGUGGCAGAAGCAUCACCUGAACGAGGCCCGGAGCUUCCUGCUGCAUCACCAGGGCGACGGUCAUCCCGGAAACAGUCCAGCGGUCCCAAAUCUCCAGGCAGAAAAACAAAGGAGACAAAUAUCGAAGAGGAAGUGCAGGCAUCACAGAAAACACCUGAGAAGAUUGAGGAAGAACCUGUGGUCAAGUCUCCAGCCAGGCCAACUCGGACUCGAGGGGCAUCUGUAGAGAAGACUGAGGAAGCACCGGUGGUCAAGUCUCCAGCGCGGACAACACGGACUCGAGGGGCAUCUGUGGAGAAGACUGAGGAAGCACCGGUGGUCAAGUCUCCAGCGCGGACAACACGGACUCGAGGGGCGUCAGUGGAGAAGACUGAGGAAGAACCAGUGGUCAAGUCUCCAGCACGGACCACACGGACUCGAGGGGCGUCUGUUGAGAAGACUGAGGAAGAACCAGUGGUCAAGUCACCAGCGCGGACAAGGACUCGAGGGGCGUCUGUGGAGAAGACAGUGAAGGCAUCACCAGGUCGAGGUCGACCGAGGAAACAGAUGACACAGCUGAAGGAGGUCGAGGAAACAACGGAGAAGGCAAUGCAGCCAUUGUUUAUCAACACUGACUUGUCCGACUCUGAUGUUGGACCGGUGUCUCCGAUCAGACGCUCACCUCGGCUGAUGAUGAAGACUCUGUCCAAACAGCUGACGGACAGCGAGGGGGAGGGAGAGUCGGAGACGGAGGUACUGCACUUUGACACCGAGUCUGCAAAGAGAAGGCAGACAAGGCGUACAUCUGCUCAGAAACAGAAGGAAGAAAGCGCUGUGUUCAAGACUCCACCCCGCCCAUCCCGGGCCACUGCACCCCUCACACCCCCGGAGUCCGGCAAAGACUCCCCCGACAAGACCGAGUUGGAGGAGACAAAGUCACGACGCAAAUCUCCAGCUAGGAAGUCUGUGGCCUCAGCUCGACACUCUACCAGGAUAAGAUCAAAAGAGGUUACCAUGGAAACACAAGAGUCAGUUGCCUCAAAAUCAGAAGUUGCUGCUUCUGCUGCCAACACCUCGUCUUCCAGCUUCCUGUUCUCUGAGCCGAUGUCGCUGGAGCCAGAACUACAAGCGAGACUCAGAGAACCGGGAACGCCCAUCAAGGCUUUCGUCUUCUCCCCGCCAAUACAGAGGAAGAGGUCCGCACCUGUCAUCAAGGAGGAUCCUCCGACACCAGUUACCUCCCUUCUUCCCCCUCCCACAGGGAUGGACGACGGAGCAGGACCUUCACAGAAACCAAAGACUAGGAAAGCAGUCAAGAAGGAGACAAGCAAGAAGAAGAAGGUUGCAGAGCCUCCCCACAGUUCCCCGAGCGACAGCCCCAUAAACUUUGUGAGCCCCGCCCCCCAACGCCGAGUGACGAGAGCCAUGCAGGACAGGGAAGCUGCACCAUCUGGGACGACAUCAUCUGCAGCAGUGACAACAGCAUUCAAGCGCAAGACACGGAAGAAGGUGUCAAGAUUAAAUUGAGUGCUGUGAACAUUUCCGAUGCAGACUUCCGGUUACCCGAACAGUGUCAUUCACGUGGAUCUGAAGAGUUUUGGCCAAGUUUUUAAGAACCUGUCAAGGAGAUUCCAUGUUUGUGACAUGGCGCUUUGUUGGAGAUAUUGUAUUGUGUAUCGUCCACCAUGAUGCUUGCAGGAUGUAGUGGUCAUUGCGGGAUACAACAUCAAAAUAUUGUCAAAUUUUAUUACUUGUAUGAUGGCAUUUACAUCUCUUGAUAUCAUGGCGAAAGAGUUCCUGGUUUUCCAUUAAUGUGAAUUGAACGGGCGGAAUGUACCUGAUUAUGAAUAACGCUGGAUUGAUCAACUACAACGUCAACUCUCAGGGUUGAUCUCAGGGGUCGAGGGUGGGCACUGACAGACCAGUACUUUCUCUGGAGCCAGGCAAUUUUUGGACACAAAACAACACAACACAUGUUUGUUCAAGAUAUACAGUCAACAGAUGUUUUUGUUGCCCCGAAAUCACAUUCUCCCCCUCCCUCCCUCCCUCCCCCCAAAGAUGAUGAAAAGGUCUGUCAAUUAUUGUGUACUGCGGUGGGGUGGUCGGGUAAUACCCAGUUUCAUUCAACACAUCAUGGCAAGAUUUCUGUGUUCGCGUUAUCUGAAGAUUGUAGCCAUGUGGUUAGGGUAGGACUCCAACAGGAUGUAAAGACAAGGGAAACAAGUUCGGUACGGUAGUGGAAUUAGCUGGUUACAAUUAGGUGAGACUUUGGAGAUUUGGCCAGUUUGUGUGAUGAAGUGUCUGAUGGCUGUGUUCUGGUGUUGGAGACUGUGUGGAUGGUAAAAGUGCUUUUUGUGUCCAGUGAUGUUUUUUGAAGAAUUGCUUGUUUGAAGUCCUCAUCAUUAGAUGAUUGUUUUCACGUGUAAUAAUCUUGGGAGGAAGUGAUAUGGAUGAUGAUGAUGUUGGAGAUUUAAGAGUGCUGACAGCCGCCCUGAUUUCCCACUUGGCCAGAUAUGAUGCACUCGCAUCAUAAUUAUAGAAUCAUAGAAUGUUGCGUCUUGUGUUGGUUCUUGCGCCAAUCAGAUGUUGUCUCUUUCAAUCACUUUUUGUGUCCUCGCAGCCUCAAUUUUGAAGUUCGAUCUUAGCUGAUGAAAACCUCCACAGAAUACAACUGUACCUCGUUUUAACACGUUUUUGCAUGUACAUGCCAUGGUGCUCAGAAAAGACUGGAUGUUUAAAAUAUAAACUAUAUAAUAGAGCACAUUUUGGCAUUCGGAAAUCCCCCAUUGUGUUUGUGUUUGGGUCACGCAAGAGAUACAGAAAUAGUUUAUGCUUUUCUGAAUACUUUGCUCACACAUAUCAAGAAGUUUGAAGCCUUAUCACUGAUUGGCUGGUCAGAAAGUUCACCUGACAUGGUCUCCAGGACUUCCAUGCCGAGUGGUAUCAUAUCGGAGUAAAGACGUGGUUUUAAUGAACCCGAGAUAUGGAGGAUACAGAAUGGAGAACAUCGUUCUGGUUAUAAGCUUGCAGAAAUUGGAAGUUAUUUAUUUGAAAUAUACUUAGUGGUCAAGUUACAUAAUAAUUAACACAGAUGACAGUUAGUUAUUUCAACCUAUUACUAAAAUCUGGGAUAUUUUGUCAGCUCUUUGUGAUUAAAUAUGUUUAAUAACAUGGUUACGUUUCAUACACAAUUAAUAAUUUUUCACUCAUUUCGUAUAUAAUGUUAAAUUGCCAAGAGAUUUUUGCAGAAAAAGAUAACACUGGCACACGUUCAGCCCAUCCGAUAUGUACUGAAUUAUGACUCAACUCCCUUAUACAAAGUGAUGGGUGGCAGCUCCAUCACUCUGCGAACUGUUCUCGCUGAUGAUAAUGUCAAUAUAUUUUGUACAAUUGUAUUGUGGAACAUUGGUAACCAAGGAAAUAUAAUUACUAUUGAAUCAUUAGGACAAGAAGGUUGGAUGCUUAAAUGAUGUUGAAAUUAAUUAAAUUAAAUUCAAGUACAGAUUGAUUAUCCAGCAUUUACAGAAUUAGUUUCUGAAAUAGGUGGAUUAAGAACCUGCUCCGUGGGGAAAAAUAGAGAGAAUCAUUUCUGUUUAUAUUUAUUUUAUACAAGAAUAAAGUUCAAGUAGAAUAUUCCUUUAGUUCUCACUGUUUUUGUUUCUAUAUUAAUAAGGUACAUCUGUAACAACGAUGUAUUAAAAUGCACAAGAUAAAAUUGAAAAACAAGAUGUAUCAAAUGGGUUUUUGUUGUACUGAAGAUAAUGUAUUUUCUUUAUGUUGUGAUGUGCAAUACCAUAUUCUAAAAUCUAUCAACAUUUGAAUUAUUUAACAAUGUGGAUUAUAUUUUUGAUCUGCUAAUUCCUUUUUACAUUAUGACUUAAAAGAAAUUUAGCUUGAUAAAAUAAACUGAAAAAGCAAAAUAAUCAAAGAAAAUGAAAAAAGUUUCCAUUAGGACACAAGCUACCUAAGGUUAGGAUGUGUUGGUAUGGUUGCUGACUUGAAGAAAAUGAGUGAGUUAUGAUUUGCUUUGCUGAAGGCUAAUAUGUGUUAUAUAAGUUAAGAUGUGAAUUACUCCGAGGUUAAGGUGCGAGUUACUCAGCGGGUGGAUGAACGUGACAAUGUAAGCCUGUGUUGUAGGAUUUGUACAUUUGAUAACAUUUUGUAAUAUGUUGCUUUCGAGAAUGUAUUGUAUGCUCAGCGUUCAGUGAACCAUGUGCUGUAAGUCACUGACAUAUUUGUAAAUUGUAAAAGUGUUCUUCUCUGAUAUAUGUAUUAAAUGUGUAUGGAAUAAAAGCAAGAUUUUCCUAA